AUGGCGUUGCGUCCAUGCAUGCUUUUAAUUGCAGUAGCUGGGCAGUGUACAGUCAAACGCUUCAAGCAUUGUGGUGGUUCACAUACAUCUGAAUUGAGUUACAUACGACACUCCAAUGGCCACGUAACAUGUGAUCUCUGCACGGAGUUCAAAGGAUUGCAGAGAGUCGCUAUCUCGCGUAGAGCAGGAGAACUCUAUCAGCGAACGAGAUCUCGACGAGAUGGAGAACUGUUCCCUCUUGAGGAAGAAACCGUUGUCACAGAAAAGAUCAGUUCUGGUGUACUGAAAAUUAAACUCUGUUUCACCAAAAUUUUGGAAAAAGAGGAUCAGUGCUGCGUUCACACAAAUUUUGUACUCGCUGGAAAAGCUCAAAAAAACGUAAUGUAA